AUGGAUGAACACGAACUCGCCGUCGAGCGCAUCCGCUCUCGCAUCUCCCAUUUCUACACCACAAAAACCGCGUUCCGCGUGUAUCACGGAAGCACAAACUCCACACGCCAUGCUGACUUUGAUCGCGCCUAUAUCGUGGACGUUAGCGCCCUCGACAACGUUCUCUCUAUCGACCCUGCCACCAAGGUCGCUAUCGUCGAGCCCAAUGUCCCCAUGGAUGCCCUAGUCCGCGAGACGAUGAAGGUAGGCCUGCUUCCGCCCGUCGUCAUGGAGUUCCCAGGAAUCACAGUUGGUGGGGGGUUCGUCGGUACUGCGGGGGAGAGUAGUAGCUUCAAGUAUGGAUUCUUCGACCGGACGGUGCUCAGUGCGGAAGUUGUGCUUGCCAACGGGGAUCUGGUGCGGGCUUCGGCGAAAGAGAAUCAAGAGUUGUUUGAGGGGCUGAGAGGAAGCUUUGGGACGCUGGGGGUGCUCACAUGCGUGGAGUUGAAGCUCAUCGACUUGAAGUCGCACGUCGAGGUUACUUACCACCCGACGACGUCUAUCCCCUCCGCCAUGCAGAAAAUGCAGCAGGAAACGAAAAAGGGAGACGCAGACUACAUUGACGGCAUCCUCUUCUCCCGCACCUCGGGCGUCGUCGUGAGCGGGCGUCUCAGCUCUCAAUCUCCCUCUUCCACCCUUCCACUCCGUACCUUCUCUCGCCCCUGGGAUCCCUGGUUUUAUCUUCACGCCAACCGCCUCUCCUCCCUCCCCGCCCCCACAACAGAACUCGUCCCCAUACAAGACUAUCUCUUCCGCUACGACCGCGGCGCCUUCUGGAUGGGCACCUACGCCUUCCGCCACUUCCUCUUCCCCUUCACGUGGCUCACCCGCCUCCUCCUCGACUACCUGAUGCACACACGCAUCAUGUAUCACGCCCUCCACGCCAGCGGCCACACAGACCGCUACAUCAUCCACGACGUAGCCUUUCCCGCGCCAAACGCAGCGGCCUUCGCUACCUACGUCGACAAGGCGUUUGGCAUCUAUCCGCUCUGGCUGUGUCCUGUACGAAAGGACGGGAGGACGAGCAUGGGACAUCCGAAGACGUUUAGGGGUGAAGUGCCGGGAAAACCGCAGGGCGCGGUGUAUGAGGACGAGUAUAUCAAUGUUGGGGUGUGGGGACCUUAUCCAUCGACUGAAGCUGAGUAUGUCCGCGCGAAUCGCGAGAUCGAGGCUAAGGUUGGGGAGUUGGGUGGGCUGAAGUGGCUAUACUCGCGCGUGUUUUAUACGGAGGAGGAGUGGUGGUCUAUCUACGACCGCGAAGCCUACGAUAGGUUGAGGGGGAAGUUCCACGCGGGGAGUUUGCCGAGUAUUUGGGACAAAGUUAAGGACAGGGGAGCGAAGCGGGAUUUUGGGACGGGAAUCAAGGGGUUGCUCAAGAGGUUGGUCUGGAGGAGUGAGAUACUCAAGGGUGUGUAUGGGGUGUAUAAAGCGGUCAGAGGGGGCGAUUACAUGCUGAGCAAGAAGACAUCAGCGUGA